UGAAUCGUUGAUAGUUCAGGUACUAACAUGAAAAAUUGUCUGAAAAAUGGUGGACAGGGAAAACGUGUGGGAGAAGGUAAAAGCAACCCCGAUCUCGGUCACACCGUUCUCGCGACUCUCCUCCAACCCUAGGAGGAGACCGAAGGAGAGGGGUAACGAGGGGAGGAACCGUUGAGUCGAUCUACUUUCGUCGCUCAGCGAGAUUUCUUCUUCAGUGUUGUUUGUACGAUAUUCGGUCACCUGGAUUCAGUCUGGUAAGUGCUUUUAGGAUCUUUUGCUCUAUGCGGGACUGAGUAAGGUACACACUGGAUGGCUUCAAUGGCACCUACAUUGGGGCCAAAUAAUAAUGCUGGCGGUAGUAGUAUUUCUGUGGAUAGGUUGCCAGACGAAAUGAAUGAUAUGCAUAUAAGAGACGAUAAAGAAGUGGAAGCUACCGUUAUCAAUGGCAAUGAGACUGAGACGGGUCAUAUAAUUGUGACAACUAUAGGUGGCAGAAAUGGCCAGCCAAAACAGACUAUAAGUUACAUGGCUGAGCGUGUAGUGGGACAUGGAUCAUUUGGAGUUGUAUUUCAGGCUAAGUGUCUGGAGACAGGAGAGACAGUAGCUAUAAAAAAGGUUCUUCAAGACAAGAGGUAUAAAAACCGUGAAUUGCAAACCAUGCGGCUUCUUGACCAUCCAAAUGUUGUGUGCUUGAAGCACUGUUUCUUUUCAACAACUGAAAAAGAAGAAUUAUAUCUUAACUUGGUUCUUGAAUAUGUUCCUGAGACUGUUCAUCGAGUAAUUAAGCACUACAACAAGAUGAAUCAGCGCAUGCCAUUGAUAUACGUGAAGCUUUAUAUGUAUCAGAUUUGUAGAGCAUUGGCCUAUAUACAUUGUACCAUUGGAGUUUGCCACAGAGACAUCAAACCACAAAAUCUUUUGGUCAACCCACAUACACAACAGUUGAAAAUAUGUGACUUUGGAAGUGCUAAAGUCUUGGUUAAAGGGGAGCCAAAUAUUUCAUAUAUAUGCUCUAGAUAUUACCGAGCCCCAGAGCUCAUUUUUGGUGCCACAGAGUAUACAACAGCUAUUGACAUAUGGUCAGCUGGUUGUGUUCUCGCUGAACUCCUCCUAGGACAGCCUCUUUUCCCAGGAGAUAGUGGAGUUGAUCAACUUGUAGAAAUUAUCAAGAUUUUGGGUACUCCAACAAGAGAAGAAAUUAAAUGCAUGAACCCCAACUACACGGAGUUCAAAUUUCCUCAGAUCAAAGCUCAUCCAUGGCACAAGAUUUUUCAUAAAAGAAUGCCACCUGAGGCGGUAGAUCUUGUCUCUAGGCUGCUUCAGUAUUCGCCAAACUUGAGAAGCACUGCUUUGGAAGCAUUGAUUCACCCGUUCUUUGAUGAACUUCGAGAUCCAAAUUCUCGUUUACCAAAUGGUCGAUAUCUACCUCCUCUCUUUAACUUCAAGCCUCACGAGUUAAAGGGCGUGCCAAUGGAAAUUGUAGCAAAGUUGAUCCCAGAGCAUGCAAGAAAGCAAUGUACCUUUAUGGGACUGUGACUUGCUUCACCAUGUCACUGCAAGAUAGUGCAUGUGUAAUGAGGUCAAGUUAGGGAAAGCCUUCCUCUUAAUGUCAAGUUCGUUGCCUGUGUAACCCACCCACGGAACGUAUGCCUGUCGAUGUUAUUAUUCUUGUCGAAUGUCUGUUGAUGUUGUUAUUGCUGUAGUCUUGAUCAUCCCUAGUAACCUUUCUCCUAUAGAGACCUUGGACUGUUUUCCUUAAACAUGCUUAAAUGUAUGCAGAUGGAACUUUUGGGUGUAUGGACUUUAUGCAGUGAAACUUCAUAACAAACUGCUAGUUUCUUGUU